UCGGAGUUAUAAGGAGGAAGGACCGGAUUAGCCGAUGCAAAGGCCUUUGGAAGUUAACACAACCUACCCAACCAAUUAAAAUUAACCGCGUCAGUCUCACAGUCUGGUCCGGUUUGACUCAGCAUGGCGUCUCACAAACAGAAGCGGGUGUGGAGGUACGUGGAGGAGGGCAGUCUGCUGAAGCUGAAGUCGUACCUCCGGAAGCACCGGGACCUGGAUGUAAACUUCUCCCUGGGCCGGAGGGAGCGGAGCCCGCUUCACCUGGCCUGCUGCCUGGGAGACGACGCUGUGCUGCGGCUGCUGCUCAAACACGGAGCCGAUGUUCUCCAGAAGGACCGUAAAGGAGACACCGCGUUACACACCGCGGUCAACAGGGCCCUCAAACACGGGAAAACAGCGUACGGUGACCUGGUUGUGCCUCUCAAAAAGAGCUGUCCACAAGCUAUGAGUGCUCCUAACAGUGCUGGAGUCACACCUGAAGACCUGCUGCAGUGGAUGAAGCAUACAGAGACUGCAGAAAAUAUGAGCCGUCCAUCUGAAAAAGACCCUGAGAAGGAGUGGCUGGAAAAGCUGUUUGGUGAAUGUGAGGAUGAGUUCUGUGAAACCUUUGGAGUAUAUGAUGCGGAUGAUUUUCUUCCUGUUGAUGACGACGAUGAAGACUUCGGAGACUGGGCUGAUCGCAUUAGAAGACAAUAUUUCGAUAAAAAGCACGCCGAAGCCCAAAGACUGGCAGCGUCGUCUUCUGGAUGGAAAAGGAGAAAGAGUAAACAAGAGAGGGAGCAGGAAGAGCAAAGCAACAAAGAACUGCACGAGAGGCUGCAGAGGGAACAUGAAGAGUAUCUGGCACGAGCAGCACGUAAAGAGGAAGAGACCCGGCAGGGUAAGAAGCGCAGGUACGAGGAGGGAUGUGCGGCCACUUUUAAUGCUGGCUCUUCGGCUGCGAGCACGAAGUUGAGCUACAGUGACAUCCCCUGGCCAGCUCCUCGAGGCACAGUGCAGGAGAUGGUGGACGUGAUGCUGCACGGUGUGGACCGAAAGGACGUGCCGGUGUUUCGUAAAAUGCUCCGGAAGCAGCAAACACUGUGGCAUCCGGAUAAAUUCGCUCAGCGAUGUGAAGCUCGGCUAGAGGAGAUGGACAAGAAGCGGAUCCUGGAUACAGUUACAGCUCUGUCACAGGAGCUUAACAGACUGGCCCAGAGUCUGAGGACUUAAAAUUUAGCAAAUAAAAUGUUGUGCUUUUCUGGAAAUGUGUGUAUGUAAAACUGUUCCAUUAAGGCAAAAGAACCAAACAGUCCAGCACACUGUUGAUCACUUGUAAUCACUUUAUUGACAAUGUUACAGGCCUUAAAUCUUUGUCAGGUGAAAUUCAUACAGGCAAAAAGCCAAGUACCAUAUAUGUUAAUGUAAACAAAUCAGAGGGAAUGGAAACCUUAACAGUAGGCUAACGAAAUAAUAAAAAAUACAAUUAUUCAUGUCGCCUCACAAACAGUAUCACCCCAAGACAGAAGUCCUCAUUGAGACCGUCUCCCAUAAAUAAAGUGAGUGCUCGUGAUUGAUUAGUGUGCGGGACACACGUGCCCAUAAGAGCGUCUGGAGUGCAACAACUGUGUAGUUUUCGUUCCACUAUGCACAGAUGUAACAGGAGCACAUGCGUGUUCCACGGGUGAGUGCUGCACCUGUAUCACUAUUAUCAGGGGGCUUUUUGUAGCCCAGUCUAAUCAGUGAUCAGAGGGCACAACAGUGGUUAUCUGAGUAAUGUGAAUAUUUGCAGUCGACCUCAAUCUCAUCUGAUUGACAUUUUGCUGAAGUGUGUGUGUGUGUGUGUGUGUGUACAUGUACUUGCAGGAUUUAAAAGGCAUAGCUGGUACCCACUGAGCAUAAACAUGUUUUUGUUAAAUUCCUGAUUAAAAACAAUAAAAGUAACAACAACAUCCA